GAAGAAACUGUUGGUCCACCACCUCAAUUCAGGAGCGCAGUUGCCCCCAAAGCCUACACAGGAAGUGUCGAGAGGAAAAGAAAAGGAAAAGAAAAUCGAAACAAAGGUACAUACAAUAGCAGCCGGCCGGCUACUACCGUCAUCAGGUAUGGUGGAUGCUUCUUUCUGAGACCUACUUGUAGGUUUUAGUGGUUAAAAAUGGCAGAAACAAACUCAGUUGACGCGAUUCUUGAAUUUUUGCGAAAAAAUCAGUUUACUAGAGCCGAGGCAGCUUUGAGGAGUGAGCUAAACAAUCGUCCUGAUUUGAAUGGUUUCUUUCAGAAGCUUCUGAUCGGAGACAAGGAUAAGGGCUUGGUAAGUGCAAUAGGGGAGAAUGGGGACAAAUUGGUGGUGGAAAAUCAAGGUCCAGUGCCUCUGGAUAGCCGUGAAGUUUCGAAGGAAUUAAUUGUGAAAGAGAUAGAGUGUGGGACUGCUAGAAAUGGGUCUGACUGCAAAUGGAAGAAUGCUGCUCCUCCUGGUGAGUGGAAUAAAAAUAAUGAAUUGUUUGGAAUGAGCGACAAGAGCUUCACUUUUCUGAGAGGUUCUGAGGACACCGUGCUUGAUUUGUAUUCGUGGGAGUUCAAUCCUGGUAAUUGUCCUGCUGGAACUUAUGGUGGUAGCAGUACUAACUGUAACUUUCAGGAGCUUCAGAUCUCAGGACAACCAAAGAAUCGUACGAGUGAAGUUGCUGAUGCUGGUAAAGCCACUCUCAGGACUGGAGAAGAGAUUACUUUAUCUGGUGAAAAGAGGACAUCAUGGCUUGGAAGUACUAGUAAAGCUAAUCUGGAACCCAAGUAUGAGAAAAUCCAAGCAAGUGAUCCCAAAAAACUUGAUCAGCAACUUAAGACUAGUAGCACAUAUCUCAAAGAAAACUUUGCAGAUAAUCCGUGGUCCAGAAGGGAGGAGCCUACAAACUCAUCUUCUGAUAUUUGGAAAGAUUGUUCCGUCAAGACUGUGUUUCCCUUUUCAAAGGGGGAUGUGUCAACCAGUUAUGAUAAUGCUACAGAUUCUGACAAAAAUGAUGGAAAUAGAAAAUCAGAAAUGAUUGAUAUUAGGGCAGCAAUAAAAGAACAGGUGGAUGAUGUGGGAAGAGCCUUGUACUUUGGUAAGUCACAAGGGGGUUCUGAGCAAAAAACCAUUGGCAGUUUGAGUUUUCCUUUGACUUCUGAGAAUCAGAAGGAAGAAUUACCCAGGUUGCCACCUGUUAAACUGAAGUCAGAGGAUAAGUCAUUGAAUGUUCAUUGGGAGGAAAAAUUUGAGCGGGAUGGACCUGGUGCAAAACUUAUCAGUGUGGACAACUCUCUCCUUAUAGGGUCAUAUCUGGAUGUUCCCAUUGGACAAGAAAUCAACUCCACAGGUGGAAAAAGGAUUCCCGGAGGUAGUUGGCUAUCUGUAAGUCAGGGUAUUGCAGAGGAUACAUCUGAUCUGGUGUCUGGUUUUGCCACCGUUGGUGAUGGAUUAAGUGAAUCUGUUGACUAUCCAAAUGAGUAUUGGGACUCUGAUGAGUAUGAUGAUGAUGAUGAUGUUGGAUAUAUGAGACAACCAAUUGAGGACGAGGCCUGGUUUCUGGCUCAUGAAAUUGACUACCCAAGCGAUAAUGAAAAGGGUACAGGGCAUGGCAGUGUCCCAGAUCUGCAGGAGAGAGCUCCAACUAAAGAUGAGGAUGAUGAUCAAUCUUUUGCAGAAGAGGAUUCUUACUUCUCUGGCGAGCGGUACUUUCAAGCAAAAAAUGUAGAAACGGUUACAGCUACAGAUGAUCCUAUAGGGCUGUCAGCCAGUAACAUGCAUGGAAGGACUGAUGACAAUGAUUUAAUUGCUCGAUAUGAUGGACAGUUGAUGGAUGAAGAAGAACUGAAUCUGAUGCGUGCAGAACCUGUCUGGCAGGGCUUUGUGACUCAAACAAAUGAACUCAUCAUGCUAGGAGAUGGGAAACUUCUGAAUGAGUGUGGGAGGAGGCCGCGGCUAGAUGAUAAUUGUAUGGAUGAUGAACAGCAUGGUUCGGUUAGAUCAAUUGGUGUAGGUAUCAGCAGUGAUGCUGCAGAUAUUGGCAGUGAAGUACGGGAAAGUUUGGUUGGAGGCAGUAGUGAAGGGGAUCUAGAAUAUUUCCGUGAUCAUGACGUUGGGGUUGGAGGGUUUAGAUAUCCUCAAAAGAAAUAUAUUGACAGAUCAAACAGAGAGAAAAAGAAAACUACUAACCAAGAGGCAAACAAAUAUGUCAUUGGGAAUGACAAGGGAGCAAGUAUACAGACAAAAAAUCGUACCGAUGGGGGAUUUUCGUUUCCCCCAGCACUGAGGGAUGGACAGUUGGAGCAGACAGGCUCUAGUAAAUCUUUAUGGUCAAACAACUGUAAUGCCAUUAUCAGUGAUGAAACUGAGGACCAUCUUAAUGCUUUGGUGGGGUCUGAAGGCAUGCUUGCUUCAUGGAGGCGGAAAAGCAAUGAUUCUUCACCGGUCAAAAGUUCCAGGGAUGAAAAUAAUGCUCAUGCUGCGAGAUCCACAGAUUCUACUCCCUCAACAGUCUCUAAUUAUGGUUAUGAUGAAAGAGAACAUGCAAAGCGAGAACAAGACCAAAAAGCAGGUGCUGUAAGGGAAGAAGAUCCAGCAGCAUCACUCGAAGAUGAUGAGGCUGCAGCUGUGCAAGAACAAGUAAGGCAGAUAAAGGCUCAGGAGGAGGAAUUUGAGACCUUUAACCUCACGAUUGUGCACAGAAAAAACAGAACUGGCUUUGAAGAGGACAAGAAUUUCCAUGUUGUUCUUAAUUCAGUCAUAGCUGGACGUUAUCAUGUUACUGAGUAUCUUGGGUCCGCUGCAUUCAGUAAAGCUAUACAGGCACAUGACCUGCACACCGGUAUGGAUGUAUGUGUAAAAAUUAUUAAGAACAACAAGGAUUUUUUUGAUCAGAGCCUUGAUGAGAUAAAGCUUCUCAAGUAUGUGAAUAAGCAUGAUCCUGCUGACAAGUACCACGUUCUCCGAUUGUAUGAUUAUUUCUAUUAUCGAGAGCAUUUGUUAAUAGUAUGCGAACUUCUCAAGGCAAACUUAUACGAGUUUCACAAGUUUAAUAGAGAAGCGGGAGGAGAGGUUUACUUCACUAUGCCAAGAUUGCAGUCAAUUACCAUUCAGUGUCUCGAGGCACUUCAGUUUCUGCAUGGACUUGGCCUAAUACAUUGUGACUUGAAGCCCGAGAAUAUACUAGUGAAAAGUUACAGCAGAUGUGAGGUGAAGGUUAUUGAUCUUGGGAGCAGUUGUUUUGAGACAGAUCAACUCUGCUCCUAUGUACAAUCCAGGUCCUAUCGUGCCCCAGAAGUUAUCUUGGGACUUCCAUACGAUAAGAAGAUAGAUGUAUGGUCACUUGGCUGCAUCUUGGCAGAACUCUGUACUGGCAAUGUCCUCUUCCAAAAUGAUUCACCAGCAACAUUAUUAGCUCGGGUAAUUGGAAUUAUAGAUCCCAUAAAUCAAAGCAUGCUUGCCAAAGGAAAGGACACGUACAAAUAUUUUACCAAAAAUCACAUGCUGUAUGAACGGAAUCAGGAAACGAACAGGUUGGAAUACCUGAUACCCAAAAAGACAUCCUUAAGGCACCGAUUACCAAUGGGGGACCAAGGCUUCAUUGAUUUUGUUGCUCAUCUACUUGAGAUAAACCCAAAAAAGCGCCCUUCUGCCUUGGAGGCUUUGAAGCACCCAUGGCUAUCAUAUCCAUAUGAACCCAUAUCAUCUUGAAGCAUUUGAAGAUUCUGUUGGUGGAGAUGACAUGCUACAGGUGCCCUCUUGUUUGGUUUUGGGUGUCUUAUUAAAGAGGGGAAGGAGCCACUUUUGAUUUCUGGCUGAAACAUGUCAUCUAUUUAAGGUGAUAGUUUUUGAAGAUAUUGCACCUUACACCCAUGCACAAUGCAUUGAAAGGUGUGUUUGGUUUUGUUGGUGAUACCAGUCUUUCCUUCCCCCCUUACCAAGUUGUACAAUUAAUCAUUAUUAUCAAGAAUGUAAUUUUGCACGUAGGUGGUUCUUGCUUUACUUUUUGUGUUUGAAAUGGUGGAAGAAGAUUUAAAAUCCUGUUGUACAUGAUGUGUGAUAAUUCUUUAGGUUAUUUAGUAGUAUUUUUUUGUGAAAAUA